CUUUGACUCUCCAGCCAGGAGUCGCAGCUCGCUCAUUCAAACCUAAAAGACAGUGGGACAAGAACCGACACCUGAAGACAAUGAAGACCACUCUAGCAACUCUGACGCUGUGCCUGGUGCUCAUCAUGGCCACAGGCUUCCCAUUCGAGAGGAAAGGGGGAACGGAGAAGGAGAAGCGUGUGCAGUUCGCAGCCUGGGAUGAUGUCAAUGUCAUCGCCCAUGGCCUCUUGCAGCUGGGUCAGGGCCUCAAAGAGCACGUGGACAAAACCAAAGUCCAGAUGAGGGACAUCUUCACCAAGAUCAAGGUCUACAACCGCACCGUCGGCGAACUGGGCAAGGAGAGCCAGAGGCUGAGGGCCGAGGGGGAGGCCCUGAAGGCUCGAGCCCGAGGGCUGGAGGACAGAGAGGGGCAGCUGCUCAACGUCACGGCCGAGCUGAGGGAGAAGACGGACGAGAUGCAGCAGGAGAGGACGGUCGUGAGGGACAGGCUGAGCCGGAUGGAGGAGAGGCUGGAUGAUGCCAAGAACGGCACAGACGCGCACACCAUCCAGAUGAUGCUGGAGGCCCAAAACAGACGCAUCGAUGACCUGAUGGCACGUAUGAGACUCCAACAGGAGAAACUCGAUAAGCAGAACAUGCGCAUUAGAACCCUGCAAAGUCAGAUCCAACAGUCAAGACAACGGUCGUUCACCAACACCGACAGCUUCGCUGCAAGCGGCGUGGCCGAACAACGCGACUCCCCAGUCGAGAUGGCAUCCGACUGUCACGAGCUUUUCCUGCGAGGCGAGUCCACCAGCGGGGUCUACACCAUCCAGCCAGACAACAUCGAACCAUUCAAAGUCUUCUGUGAGAUGACAGCCGAUGGCGGAUGGACUGUGGUCCAAAAGCGACAGGAUGGCUCUGUAGAUUUUGACCAGUUGUGGUCUGCCUACGAGAAAGGCUUCGGCAGCCUCAAUGGUGAAUUCUGGUUGGGACUGGAAAAGAUCCAUUCCAUAGCCAAAAAUGGCGGCUACGUCCUCCAAAUCAAGCUCUCCGACUGGGGAAAUGACUUGGCAUCUAUCCUCGUCCCUUUCCAACUGGGCGGAGAGGAGACCAAGUACUUGCUCCAGAUCCAAGAAGUUGGCACUUUCAGUCCUCUGGAAAGCGCCCUGGGCUCGGACGCGGCUUCAGGUCUGCCUUUCUCCACCCGCGACCAGGACAACGACCACAAAAAGGACGCCAACUGCGCCAAACAUCUCUCCGGUGGCUGGUGGUUCAGUAACUGCGGUCAGUCCAACCUCAACGGGCGAUUCUUCCAGAGCCCGCCGCCCAAACAGCGGCACCAGAGGAAGCAGGGAAUCUUCUGGAAGACCUGGAGGGGGCGCUACUAUCCCCUCAAGUCCAGCACGAUGAUGAUUGCCCCUUCUGUGAUUGAGAUAAAAUCUUAAAGCCAGAGACACAAGGUGGCCUAGGUCAAGACAAAAGAGGGGGAGAAAGAUGUAGAUUUUGGACUAUUCUUUCUUUUUGUUAGAACUUGGUUUAAGCGGUAGAGGUUGUCACCCUAGUACGUCAGCCAAGGCCCUCAGCAUAGACGCAGGAAGGGGUUUUCGGGUUCUCUUCCCUGGUAUCCCCGAGUCGCAGAUGGGAAGACGGCAGCGAGCGUGAAUGUUUUCGACGUCACCUUCUCCUGCGAGUCGCGGCGACCCGAAUUUCCCAACAAGUCAAGACUCAUCGGUAGUCAUUGGGAGGCUGAUAAUCAGCACCAGAACACUGCCUAUAUUUUGGAAUUCUUGUGGUAUGGAGAGGCCUGUAAUGCAGGCAGAUCAGCUCUCUGGCUCUAUUCUGGCCCUUUGGGUCCACCUCACUUACUCUUUUACCAUUUUAGUUGUUUUAAUGCAAAAUGUCAUUUCCAAUUUCAGCUCUUAUAUCAAUAAUAUACUGUAACUGUUUGCAUCAAAUUGUACCUUUUGGCUCAAUCGUGGCCACUUUUGGCCAAUUGAAACCUAUCAAAAUGAGAUAUUUUAAUUUGUUGUUUACUGGAUUUGAAUCAUACAAUUGGGGUAAAAUGGGUUUUAUCCUCAACCUAACUCUUGAAAAUUGCACACAAAAAAUAUUUCUCAACCAAAUUAUCUUUUUAGCAAUUUUUGGACAAAAAUAAAUCUUAGUUUCCAAAAGAGGUGUGCAAUGGCUUUCUAAACUCUAAAAGCACAAAUAAAUGAUGACAAUUAUAUUUUAAGAUGUCAAAAAUUACAUUUCGUUAGCCUAAUAGCAUAUUGAGUCAUUUUUUAAAAACAUUUUUGGAAACAAGCAAAACAAAUUCAACAAACAAAGAAGACUCCAGUUGCCUCAAAUCAACUUUUGUGGAUUAUUAUGACCUGAAUGACUGAGAAUCUACACAGACACAAAGAAAAAAAACUACAUUUUUAACAAGCACAUUGUACGUUAAAAUGAAUGAGGCAAUUAUGCUAGUAGGCUCAUGAUUUUAAUUAUUGCGUUUGUUUUUUUACAACCUGCCCAUUGUGUAAACAAAGGGGCAUUUUCAGGGUUGAAAAAUAAAAAUUAAUGGAUACCUUAUAAAAAUGACGAACUGAUGUUACUAAAAGACGCACAAAAACAACAAAGUCUUAAAAAUUCCAACCUUUUGGUCACAAACAAGCUGAAAACGUAGUAAAAUCAAACACACUUUUUUGUUUUUUUAUGGCGUAUGUUGUGGACCAAGAUGUGACUGAUUAAACAAAGGUUCACUAUUUGCAUGGGCAUGAGCUUAAAGUUUAGAAGUUGUGAUGUAAAGUUUAAAUCACUGUACACUGACGAGGCUUAAAAGUGUUGAGACGAAUGUCAGCUCCCUUCUCUGAUUUUCACAAAACGACAUUGAAAAGCAUUCCAGCUGAUGUAUAUUCUUCACUAUUUCUGGGAGGGAGAUUUGCACAAUUUUAAGUCAUAUUGACUUCCUUACCAAUGUUGUACUACAGUGUAACAAGGAAUUUGUCUUCUGGGACUGUUACUCGUGUUUUGUGUCUUUAUCUUCAUGUUGUCCCGUUUUCUUAUUUAAAUGCUGUCAAAAGAAAUAUUAUCAUAUAUUUGUAAUUUAUAUUUUGAUGUGAGUGUUUUUAAGAGACUUUUUGGCCUUCAGGAGCCAAUAAAAUGGGUUUAAACCAA